AUGGCGAGUGCAAGUGUGCCAGAUCCUGAAUAUAAAGCCAUUCUUGUCAGAAACGAAACAAAAAAUGCAACCGUGUUUCUUUUUAUAUACGCCCAAAUGGAUCCCAUAUGUUGGUUGGAUUUGAAGAAAGAAAGUAUUGAGCCUGGAAAGCAAUACUUCUAUAGAGAUAGAGAUUCAUUCAAAUACGAAUUAAGAAUGCAGCAAAAAGAACCGAAGAAAGGAAAAAGAACGAUUGUUCUUCCUGUACAGAAAUGGACAGCAGACAAGCUGAUAUCAGUUAAAGGUGACGAAAACGAAAGCAGAAUAGUCAAGGAAAAAACAUUAUCGGAAUAUCCUAACGAACGACAAAUUGCUGUUAGAAGAAAAAACAUGGAGGAAGAAACAACCUGGGAAUAUGGAAGAGACCUUUAUGGUAUUUUGAAGCUUGAUAUGAAAGAAGUUCGAAAAAUGAGAAUAGAAGAGCAGGAUGAAGCUAUUACAAAAGCAUACCGACGACAGAUGCUUAUAUUUCAUCCUGAUCGUAAUCCAGAGUUAGCAGAUAGUCAAAUCUGUCGAGAGAUCAUUAUGGCUCACGGCGUUUUAAGAGAUCGCAAGAAGAGAGCAGUGUACCAUGAUUUGACAGAUUACAGUGGCGGUUGGUUAUCAAAAUCACGUUGGAAAGCUAUAUUUACACCCGAAGCUCACGGAAGUACCGAAAAAUGGAAGAGGAUCGGUCUCUUGACGUUUAGCCUUGUAAUGGUAGCAGGUGGGGUUGCAAUAACUGUAUGCACUGCCGGAUUGGGGUUUCCUGCUUUUAUUGGUUGUAAUAUAGCAUCAGGUGCAUUGAUUGGAGGUGCUAUUCAAGGAGCAUUCAGAGUAGCCAGUUAUGAUUCGAUUCAAAACGGUGUAAAAUGCAAAAGUUACGCUAAAAGUUUUGCAGUUGGCGCAGGACUUGGUGCUGUGGCUGGUGGUGCAUGCGCAGGUAUUACCUCGGCAAUUAUUGGAAUAGAGAGUACUGUAACGUCCAUUGCCGAAGCAGGAGCCGGUGAACUCGUGGGAAGCGGAGCUGCAACUGGAGGAGUUAACGGAGCACUAUCGUCAAUAUCAAGCGAUGUAGAUUCAUAUAUAGUUGACGGGGAGAGUAGAAGCCCUCUAGAUGUCGCAAAACGGGCGCUGAAAGGAGCGAUUGUAGGAUCAGGCGUUGGCAUGGUUUGUUCCGGUUUUGCUAAAGCUGAAGCUAAAAUAAAGACUGUAGGAAAGAUUAAAGUAGAAGCAAUUAAACAAAAGAUGUCAGGGGCAGCAGAAUGUGUGGAACAUAAUGCCAAUCCAGCUUUGGUGUCUAACAUGUGCAG